UGGCCGCCUGUGGCCCACUUCCGGUCGGGCUCGGGUUUCCCAGCGAGUCGGCAUUUAAAUACGGGCUGGUGAGGAGAGGCUACCGGCGGUUCCGAAACACAAACGGCACAUCUUGCGGGCUUUUAUGUUGAUUUUAAGUUUUGUUCUAAAAACAACAGAUAUAAUCGCUCGCCUGUGAGCAUCUUUAUCGCUUCCGGUUGUCUCCCCAAGGAGGAUAACGGGGCUUGUCGGUGCAUCAUUGAUGGGAUUCCUGUACUCGCCGUCGGCCCGUUAGCGGUAGUAUUGAUCAAUAUUAUAAGAGAAAGGUGUCUUUUUGGAUCACUGCAGCAUCGGAUAGGGAAGAACCUGGAUGACGAGAAUGCAAUUAAGAGUGGUGUUUGUCUUUAAUUGGCACGGCGCAAUCUAGCUUAUUGACUGUUUAAAUUGCAUAAAUAGCAAGUAAACAACAUUGAAUCUACUCGUGUUUACUAUAUACCAGAUAUGAUCUUGCAUAAAUAGAUUUAAAAUUAUAUUGUAAAUUGAACUGAAACAUUCUGUUAUACCACCUCUGUGUGCUUUAAGUUUUGACAUUUUUUAAGUGGCUCGUAAAUGAGGACCCUUUGAUGCACUCUUGACCUCAGAGAAGAUUAGGUCUUGCCUGAAAACACCAGAAAGAGUGAAUUGAGAAGAAGAAAAAGUGCCUUCAUCAUGUUCAGCUGGCUGGGUGGCGACGACCGCAGGAAGAAAGAGCCUGAAGUCUUCCAGACGGUCAGCGACGGCCUGAAGAAACUCUACAAGACCAAGCUGCUGCCCCUGGAGGACACCUACAAGUUCCAUGAGUUCCACUCACCGGCCUUGGAGGAUGCUGACUUUGACAACAAGCCCAUGGUCCUGCUGGUGGGUCAGUACUCCACGGGCAAGACCAGCUUCAUACGCUACCUGUUGGAGCAGGAUUUUCCCGGCAUGCGCAUCGGCCCCGAACCCACCACAGAUUCCUUCAUCGCGGUGAUGCACGGCGACACCGAGGGAGUAGUGCCCGGCAACGCCCUGGUGGUGGACCCCAAGAAGCCCUUCAGGAAGCUGAAUGCCUUUGGGAACGCCUUCCUCAACAGGUUUGUGUGUGCCCAGCUGCCUAACCCUGUGCUGGAGAGCAUCAGCGUGAUUGACACCCCGGGGAUCCUGUCAGGAGAGAAACAGAGAAUCAGUCGAGGCUACGACUUUGCUGCCGUACUGGAGUGGUUCGCCGAACGCGUGGACAGGAUCAUACUCCUGUUUGACGCCCACAAAUUGGACAUUUCCGAUGAGUUUUCUGAGGUGAUCAAGGCCCUGAAGAACCAUGAGGACAAGAUCAGAGUCGUUCUGAACAAGGCAGACCAGAUCGAGACCCAGCAGCUGAUGCGAGUUUACGGGGCGCUCAUGUGGUCGCUGGGAAAAAUAGUCAACACGCCUGAGGUGAUCCGUGUCUACAUCGGAUCAUUUUGGUCCCAUCCUCUGCUGAUUCCCGAUAACAGGAAGCUGUUUGAGGCAGAGGAGCAAGAUCUGUUUAAGGACAUCCAGUCGCUGCCGCGGAACGCCGCACUGAGGAAACUCAACGACCUGAUCAAGCGGGCCAGGCUAGCCAAGGUCCACGCCUACAUUAUCAGCUCCCUGAAGAAAGAGAUGCCUUCCGUGUUCGGCAAGGAGAACAAGAAGAAGGAGCUUAUCGGCAGCCUGGGAGACAUCUACAAGCGCAUUGAGAGGGAACAUCAGAUAUCACCUGGAGAUUUCCCAAACCUGAAGAAGAUGCAGGACCAACUCCAAGCUCAGGACCUCACCAAGUUCCAGCCUCUCAAAUCCAAACUCCUGGAGUCGGUGGACGACAUGCUGGCCCACGACAUCGCCGGCCUAAUGGUGCUAGUGCGGCAGGAGGAGAACCAGCGCCCCAACCCCGUCGUCAAGGGCGGCGCCUUCGACGGCACCCUCAACGGCCCCUUCGGCCACGGCUACGGCGAGGGGGCCGGCGAGGGCAUCGACGAGGCCGAGUGGGUGGUGGCGCGCGACAAGCCGGCCUACGACGAGAUCUUCUACACGCUGUCGCCCGUCAACGGCAAAGUGACGGGGGCCAACGCCAAGAGGGAGAUGGUCAAGUCCAAGCUGCCUAACACGGUGCUGGGAAAGAUCUGGAAGCUGGCGGACAUCGAUAAGGACGGGAUGCUCGACGAUGAGGAGUUUGCCUUGGCCAAUCACCUCAUUAAGGUCAAGCUGGAGGGACAUGAACUUCCCACGGAGCUGCCGCUGCAUCUGGUGCCUCCUUGUAAGAAGAAAAUACCCGAGUAAACAUUGCUGAUCUCACCACGAAAGUCCCCAUUAGCGAUCCUCAUUAGCAGUUAGCAUUAGCGCUAAGAAAACCUAUGAAAACAAAGCCAUGUUUCCACCAGUUCAGCUCAGUCAGCAUGGGUUGGAUUGGUAAAAGCAAAGUUCAACAAUGCAGGACCCGAUGGAGAGUUGUCAAAAAGUGGUUUAAAUACCAGUCAGCAAUUUUUAUUGUCUUUACAAUCUAAACACUUUUUAAAGGUCCCCUAUUAUGACAAUGUUGAAAAACCGCAACUGUAUCCGUCAUUAGUGUAGCUACCAUCGCUUUACAUUAGCGGAUAGGCUAACCUAGCAUGAUGCUGCUGUUAAAAUAUCAGCCUAUUGUUAGCAAUUUGGCACACGUACCUCUGCUAGUCUUGCUAACUUGAAAGCUAUACAGACACAAAACAGGCUUUGAAUAAUAAGGGACCUUUAAAAGAGAUGUUCUGGGUCAUUGAGUUAAAAACUGGUGAGGUUGUGUUGAAAGGAGAAACACUGGAAAAAGCAUACAGUCAGCACAUACAUGCUGUAAGAAUGUGAAGAAUAAUGGGGAGCAUCUUUUUUCUGGGGCAGGGGUGGCGAGGUAAAAAAUAGUUUUAUUUUUGGUGUCCUGGCACCACUGAGGCGUUGUCGCCCUUUUGUUUCUUAGUCGCCACUGACUUCCUGGUUGUUAAUUUGGGAAAACACACAGACGUGAAAAAGGGGGCAGAGGUGUUUGGGAGCACAACAGCGUUCCAAACGUUCACCAUGACUGGUGGAAGCAGGGAAAUGAGUUUAAAUGAGUCUUAAAUGUGCAGUCAAUGAAUAAACAUGUUUAUGAUACUGUGAGCAUCAUUUAGUAUAAAUAAGAAUAGACAUGUGUGGGGGGGGUGCGGACAGUGGACACAUUCUAUUCUAUUAUGUAUUGUGCUAAUCUUUUAUUUUUUUGGCUAACUUUUGUUUGUCCUCAACGUCAAUACCAUUAAUGUCUGUAAUAUUAUAACAUGACUAGACUCAUUAUGAUAUAGAUUACAUCAUGGUCACAUUAUGCCAGUAAACAAACAUUUGAUGUAUUAAGAGCUGGUUGAAUUGACCUUGACUAUAAAUGUCAACUUGUAGCCUUACAUGUUCACACACACAUUAACAGUAUGUGUGUGUCACCUUUAAUGUGAAUGUAAUGUGUGUGUGUGUAUGUGUGUGCAGACAUCCAUGUUAUAUCUGUGGUGUGGUUAUCGGCACAAUAAACUGCAUCAUGAACAAGA